UGUUUUGGCUUCAUGUUUUGUCAUGUUUCGUGAACUCUUCCUGCAGCCUGAAGGAUCCUUGCUCGCAUUUCUCAUGUGUUACUAAUUUCAGAUUGUAGCGUUCCUUCAUGGGAAUGACCUAAAAAUGACUCUGGGGCCAAAAACAUCCUUCUCGACAUCAAGAGGGAUUCAUCUCGUUUUGAGAUCCCCUCCAGCUCAACUGUUUAGAUUCCUGUCAUCCUAAGAGCGCGUUCUUGCAUUAAGCCUUUGAUUUGGAGAGGCGUAGCUAAAAUAAUGCACUGCUGGAAGAAGCCCAGCAUAAGCGACGAAUCCCCAGGAGCAAAGCUGGGAAAUCUGCCUCAUGGUGAGGAAGUUGAACAAGGUGAAGAAUGGGUGGGUGGAGGAAGGAAACAAAAGGGAGGGCAAUGAGCUCAUACUAUGGAGAUAUUUGAAGGCCUACUGUUCAAUAGCAUUGCCUCUGCUUGUGGUUGUUUUAUGUAUAUCUGUAGCUCUUCUUCUGUGUAGAAGUGCGGUAACUGAUGGGCGCGGCCUCCAACAAUUAUGACUCCGUGUUUUGGAAUGAAGGGAGUGGUGCCAGUUCUUUCUUUUCCAGAACAGUAAAGUUUGGUUAAGAACAAGAAGUGGGAUCUGUUCUGGCUGAAGGAGCAGUCACCACAGAGACUCAACAACAGGCUUUGUGGAGCGGACGGAGAAACAAUGCCCAUCUGAUUGCACUGGAAUGGCUUCUCAAACGCCUGACGGGUGGGAUCAAGGACCUGCAUCCACAUGUGUGGAAGCAGACGGCAGCAGCGAGGUUCAGUUGUGAGGGAAUCAAACCUGGAAACAAUCAGUAAUCUGAUGUAAUCUCCAGCAGUUUUUCAUUUAGCUGCCACUUGAUUUGUAAUGGUGUUUAAUUUAAAACAGCUUGGGCAUAGCUCCAGUUUGAAGCGGCAUGUCAAACCGUGACUCGCUGGGGUUUGGGGACCUGCUUCCCCAGGAUGUGGUCAACAUUUUUGUCCGGGAGAAGAACGGCAAAAGGGGACGAAAGAAGCGAACCCGCUCCCUGGGCAGAGCUUUUGGCUGGUUAAAGAGGAGGAAGAGCAGAAAGCUCUCUGCCAAUGGCCAAGGCCCGGGUCUAGGUCCCGCCCUGGACCUGGCCCUGGACGGGCUCUCUGCUGGCCAGCAAGGAGGAAACAAGGGAGGACACAAAUCUACAAGACAUGCUCAUCCACAAGGAAAUAGUCAUGCUGUAUCAAAGCGAGAAAAUGAGGACCAGACCCUGGCGCCCCCGCCUUUCCUGGAGAAUGUGUUUGUUGAGGCCAGCAGACCCAAGUACCUGGAGGACCUGCACAGCGAGGCCUUGGAAGGACUAAAACUGAUGCAACAGGAAGAGAGCAGUAAAGGAGUGGAGUACCAGGACAAUGAAAGCACAAUUUCAACAGUGACGACUCAAACAGAUGGAGAAAGCGCAGGGUUUGUGACGGACAGCACUCUUCCGGACUCGUCUUCAGUGGUUUCUGCUCAGUCAUCAGUGUCCGCCAUGUCUUCUCGCUCUGGACUCACGAGACAAGAAUCAACAUUUAGACCUUUGAAUUCUGGGAAAAAGGAAAAAGGCAAGAAGAGAAGAAGACAAAGGAGAACAAUUGUGGGGAUCCCACACCACGUACAGAGAGAACUGGGUUUGGACAGAACUGGUUGGAUGCUCAAUCCGCCUUUACAAGAGGAGCAUCUUUACAAUGGAGAGACUGAUAACGGCUUCACCUCUGAUGACCAGCAGAACGCUGAGUCAACAGAGGAAGCUGCUACCAGCAUUACCGCUGUGAAAAACCUUCAGCCUCUCAGCAAAGACAACGUUGAGCAGCUCGGUGCCACCCUUGCUGGUCAUGGGGACGACCUGACGCUGCUGCAUCGCUUCAAUUCUGGUUUAACCCGUGGACAGAGGCCUCAGUCCUUGGCGGUGCCCUGGAUGACCACUGCCUCCGGCAACCAGAAGCUUUCCCCUGGUGCGGUCAUGUCCAUGUCCCCCCAGGCUGCCUACAUGUCCAAAAUCAUCCCCAAUGCGGUGUUGCCACCUUCCAUCGAAGUGGUGGAAAUCAGUCGUGGCCAGAGCCGCAGCAGCGUGCGCACAGUCACCAAAAGCAGCCUGGUGGUGUCCAGUCCGAAUUCCUCCCGCCCUUCCUCGAGAGCCUCCUCUUCCAGAUCUACUUUAUCUAACAUCACCUCUGCUUCCCGCUGCAUUCUUCCUUCUACGUCCGGCAGCUCCCUCUGGAGCAAUUCCGAAUCUUCAGAGACUUUGGUAUCAGACACCUCAACCAUCUUCAGCAGCAGCACUGCACAGCAAAACAAAUCUCCAUAUGGAGAGGCUUCUGCUAAGGAGGACAAAGUUGGCCCAAUUUCAUCCAAUUACAGCCAAAAUGGUAAGAUAGUUCUUAAAGGAGGUGAGAAAAAUGCACAGUUUGGCAGAAGUAUGUCUAUCAAAAAACCAAAAAGGGCUCCGCCUCCUCCAAGCCGCUCUUAUUCCCUUCACAAUAAAAUAAAGCGACGCUCAAGAGAUCUGAUGGAACUUCAGCCCUCCACUUCUGGAAGACCUUCUUUCCAGAGUGAGGAGAACAAUAACAUAAUUGGAUUAUCUUCAGUCCCAUCCAAGAAUGGGGACAGCCCUGGUUACCACGGAGACACAAGUUCUCUAGAUGAGUCUUCUGCCUCCGUGGUCUUCCCAUUUAUCAAGCCUCAUUCACAAGAACCAAAAACAGAGGUCAGAGUGGAAGUGGAAAAAGUUUCUAAAGAAGUUCCACGCGAGAAGCAGGAGAACAAGCGCAAUAAAACCCGUCCUCCACCCACUGGUUCCUCCAAGCAGGAGCCAACACCCUUACAAGUCUCCAAGGAGGUCCAAGGAUCAUCUACAAAACACAAGAAAAGCAUCUUUGCUAAGUGGUUUUCUGGUUCCCAUUCUCCAGCUGUCCCCAAAGCAGAGGCAAAAGUUCAGGAAAAGCCGAAACUCACAGAAGAACUGAAUCCUGAAGCUGGUACAGCCAGCACCCACCCCUCUGUACGGACCUUAAGAGACCUUUUUAACAUCCCACCGUCUCCAAAGGUCCACGCCCCUCCACCUCCUCCACCAGAAGUAUGGGCUCACAGCAAGCGGACGUUCGAGUUGAUCUUUGGACCCCCGGCCCCAAUCGACCCCGCUGCUAUCAUCAAGAAGAAUCCCAAAGACAGACGACAUCAGAGACAGUCCUCCUCUGUCUCCACAGAGGGCUCCACCAAAGGCUCGGUGGUAGAAAGAAAACACAAGAAUCCAGCAGAAAAACUGGAGGCUUCAGACAACCAGUCAUUUCAAGAAAGCAGGGAUUUGAGAACGGAGUGUGACGACAAAAAGAACAAUGAAGAGUUGGAGCAGAAUGAAGGUCUGAAAGAAAAGGACGAGAAAGUGAGAGUAGGUGAUGUGUUGAACGGGAUGUUAGUGAAGGUCAUAGAGAGACGUCAGAGAACAGAAGAGAACCAGAACGUGUUUAUAGAAGGAAAGUCCAGUGUGGGAGAGCUGCCUGCUCCUACAAUAGUUAGCAUUUCCUCCUCCUCACCUCCACCUGAAUCCCACCUUCCUCAUCAUCCCUGCACUGGACAGACCAUGGAUGCUACGUCAGGGCAAGUUGUAUCUCCAGAGUCAUUCUGGCCCCCACCACCCCCACCACUGACACAAAUAGGAAUCAGCGGGUCUGAUGAGGCAGACCUCCCGCUUCCACCUCCACCUCUUUUUGGUGAGGAGGGGCUUUCUUCACCUUCGCCGCCAGAGGCGAAAGCUGCACAUGUCGAUGUCAUAACAGCUAAACCAAAGAACCUCUGUCCUCCUGAGGAGGUGAUGCUUUCACCUCUAAAAAUCCCCCCUCCUCCAUCAUACACAGCUCCUCCUCCACCUGCAGAAGUUUCUCCUCAGCAUGAGGUGGUUCCUGCACCAAAGUCUGAAGCUCUUCCAGGUAAAGAGGUCACCACCUUAGCUACAGCAGCGGAAGAAGCCUCACUCCCUCCAGCAGUAGAAGCCUUCCAUCCCCUUCCAGAUAAGGUUGCUGCUCCGCCCUCUCAAGAAGAUGCCUUUCAAGCUAUAACCCAGGCAGCUCCUGAGAGCAAGCUCACCCCGCCACAGAGUGUCCCUCCUCCACCAUCGUCACUAUCACAGCAGCAAGAGGAGAUCCCAUUGGAACAGGAAGGAGAUUCAUCCAACAGUUUUCCCCCUCAGAUCAUUCCACCUCCUUUAAAUCCUCCUGUUCAAACUGUGUCUGAAAUAACCUCAGCAUCUGAUGAGCCCCCUCCUUCCCCCCCAUGUGACUUUAGAAACUCUCCCGUUCCAAAAUAUGUUGAGGAACCUGCUCCAUCUCCACCCCAAAGCAUCCCUUUACCUCCACCUUUGCCAGAGAGUGGUCUUGUCAGCACUAAGCUGCAGUCUAGUCCUGUUAGUCAAGAGGAUCAAAGUCAAAAGCAGAUGGCUGCAGCUGCUCUGCCUGAAGAACCUUCAUCUCAUAUCACCCCCUCCCUCCUGAAUGCAGUGAAGCUGCGCUCUGUGAGCUGUAGUCCUGAACCUCCUGAAGCUCGUCAGCAGACCUCAGAUUCACACAAGGAAGCCAGUCCCAUCAUCACCCAGACUCUGCUGCAGACUGUGAAGCUACGGUCGGUCAACAACAGCCCAGAGCCCCCCGAAGCUAAAGAUCAACCAGAAACAGAGGUCAAACUGAACCAAGAGCAACCUGAAAGCCAGGCCCCGACCUCGUCUGCUCCUGCUGAUCCUCCGCAGAAACCUGUCAGAAGAAGUUUGAUUCUGGGAGCAUCCACAUCUCCUUCUCCACCUGUCGAUGCUGCUCCACAACCAACCCUACCCACGUCUCAGUCUGUUUCUGCUCCUGAAGCCACAACUGUCUCCAUAGCAAAGCCCUCUCCCCCUGUCGCUGCAUGUCGCUCCAUGAACCUUCAAGAGGCCAUCCGCAUGAGGACAGCAGCCAGAUCAAAGGAGAACCCUUCAUCUAGUCUCAACCUGCACCCAACUUCACCUUCAAACCUUCAGAAGUCCCCAACCAGCACGGCCAACUUUAUCUUCUCUAAAAUCAACAAGAAGGCUGAGGAUAAGACGGUACUGGAAACCAAAAUUCAACCGAGGAACCAGGAGGUUUCUUCUGUUACAAAGAUACCCAGCGUAGAAGAGCCAGUAAAGAAGGAGGCCAAGGUGCCGCCACCUGUUGCAAAGAAGCCAAGAACCGAAAGCAAAGGGGCCGAGAUCAAUGAAGACACGGAGCAAACUGCAGGACAGGAAGCACAGAAAGGUGUCAAAGAACCAGAAGAGUAAAUGGACGAGACAGCAGGUACUGUUGGAAGAAGAACCUCCUGCAUAUCGAGACUGAAGAAGACGUGGGACAACCUUAUCAAUGACUUGGAAACUCUACUGCAAAGCUUUGUGCGACUUAAAAAAAAACGGUGUUUGAACAGAUGAAAUGCCAAUUUCAGAAACCGCUCUGUGUAGGAGUUAUUCGUUAAUGGUGUGGGUCUUCAUUUUGUGCAUUUUACAGAGUUAAUAAUAUAUGUUUUGUUUUUUUAAUUAGAGGGAAUCUUUGUUAUUGCCAGAGAUGCGUUUAAUCUGCCCUCAGGUGUUCAACAGUGAUUGUACCACUGACUUGUCCCCCUGCUGAUGUCACAGCUUUAGUCUUGUGGGAGCUCGUAUGUAAAUAUCGAAGCAUUUUUGUAUAUUUAAAAAAUACCCAGUAUAAUGAUUUGUUUUGUAUGGUUUCCAUGAAAGUUUCCACACCCGUUAUGUUUUUAGAAAAAGCUAUCUUAAGUUAUUUGUCCUGUUCAAAAAGGAGUCUCAUGAGCGGAAUGAGGCACAAUUGAAUUAUAUGAAAGAAAAUUCUACUUUUGCAUCCAGAUAAGCACAUAAAGGAAAAUAUUUUCAGCUGCUUUUUGUUAUAGUAGAGGCAAUAUCUUUAAGUUGCAACUUAAUUUUGAUCAUAUUUCAUAAUAGGUAAACACCGGAGGAAAUAAAAAUCUAAGGAAA